AUGGAGCGCUCGCAGAGCCGCCUCAGCCUCUCCGCCUCCUUCGAGGCCCUGGCCAUCUACUUCCCCUGCAUGAACAGCUUCGACGAGGAGGACGCGGAUGGUGAUGGCCGGAGACUGAAAGGAGCCAUCCAGAGGAGCACAGAAACUGGCCUGGCUGUGGAAAUGCCCAGCAGGACCGUCCGUCAAGCCAGCCACGAGUCCAUCGAGGACAGCAUGAACAGCUAUGGUUCAGAGGGAAACCUGAAUUUCAGUGGAGUCCAUCUGGCAUCUGCUGGGCAGUUUAGUGACUUCCUGGGGAGCAUGGGCCCUGCACAGUUUGUUGGCCGUCAGACCUUGGCCACCACCUCCAUGGGGGAUGUGGAAAUUGGCUUGCAAGAGCGAAAUGGGCAGCUUGAAGUGGAUAUCAUUCAAGCUCGAGGACUGACACCAAAACCUGGCUCCAAAACACUGCCAGCUGCUUACAUCAAAGCUUAUCUGCUAGAGAAUGGCGUGUGCAUUGCAAAAAAGAAGACAAAAGUGGCUCGCAAGUCAUUAGACCCUUUGUACAAUCAGGUGUUGCUGUUUGCUGAGAGUCCCCAGGGCAAAGUAUUACAGGUGAUAGUCUGGGGAAACUAUGGACGCAUGGAGCGCAAGCACUUCAUGGGAGUCGCCAGGGUUCUCCUGGAAGAACUGGAUUUGUCGACUUUAGCAAUCGGCUGGUACAAGCUCUUCCCAACUUCCUCGAUGGUAGAUCCCACUACAGGCCCGCUCCUGCGCCAGUCCUCACAGCUUUCCCUGGAGAGCACAGUGGGACCCUGCUGUGACAGGUCUUAGUGAGUAAGGAAGGGGGAACUGCUUUUGUUUUUUAAACAUGCUGUCAAGGUUUUGUUUGCUGGAACUCUGACCUCAAGCGCAAUGCAUGUUCAAUCAGUUCUUGUGGAGCUGGAAGAGGAGGAUAAACCAGUGACCUUAGACAGAAGACGAGGGGGAGGGCACUGUGCCCUCUCCGUCCGAGGAGGAGGUGCCAUGGGGCAUGAGUCCUAGUUGUCAAAUUAGACAUACACCUCUUGUUUCACUUCUCUCGCUGUCAUUCUUGGACCCUUGUUUCAGAUCAGUAUUAACCCUGGAAAGUUGCAGCAUUCGAAAGAAUUUGGAGGGAGUAAGGAAUGAAUUUCUCUUAAAUGUGCAUCUUGGAAAUUUUAAAUAUGAGUUCUUUCACAAGAAAGUACCUGAAAAAUUUAGAGGUCAUCAUGUGGGCUAAAAAGAGCAGGAACAGAAAGUUUAAGAGGAAGCAUUAGGUCUUUUUAUAAUGUCUUUCUUUCUGAGAGGAAGUAGAAGAAACAAACCUGCAACUCUUUCUUUAGAAUCAGUUCCCUGUCACUGAGUCAUGUUAGCUGUAACACUGUCGUCGCUGUGUUUUCAAACUGUGCCAAAUUACCAGCAAGUGUCUUUACUGCAUUACGUGUCUAACACUGCUGAUGAAGCAUAUUUGGUGGGAGAACAAGUAGCGCCUACUUAGAGCAGACAGUUUAAACAGAGUUCGAGUUUAGCAGGCUAAUUAACCACAAUUUUGCUCAGAAAAAAACCCCAAAACACUAAAAGUGGGAGCUGAACAUCACACUUGCAGCUUGAGGUGUUUUGUAUUGUCAGAUAAGACAUUCUGCAACUUGCUGACUCCCUUACUUGUUGCUGUGCAUCCUUCAGUCAUGAUGUCUUCUAUCUCCUGCUUUUUUCCUUCAUCUCCUUGAUGCUGGUACAUAUCUGCUGGAGAUGCUGCCCUUCCUUCCCAGACCUGAAGCAGGACUGUUUUAUUCUGCCAUAGGAGAGGAAAUGGGGGGUUCUGGGGGUGCAGGAGAAAGUUUGCCAUCUGAGAAGAAGGUUCUGGAGAGCCCAUAACCUUCCUUGUGGAGAGAGGGCAGCUCUAGGCAGUCUUGGUACUACACAGACAUUGUCAAGUGUCCUGCAAGAGGAGAUGUGAUCCCCAAAGUACAGAGAGGUAGUGAGAGAGGAACGUGAUGACACAGUGGUCACAGAACGUGUGUUGUGUUCUUUAAAUGAGUAAAGCACAUUUGCUGAGCUGCGGCAGCUGCUGCAGCAGAGCCACGUGCUGGAUACUUCAGACAAAUAAAUUAGCCAGAAUCACAGAGAAUCUCCGAAGAUUUUCUGUUGAUAGCUCUGUUUUGGCUAGGUUUUGUCUUAGUUCCUGAAUGAGGAUUUGAUGACUGCUGUCCCAGAAUAAACUUUUGGAGAUGUUUUACUUUGUGGUUUAAAAGUGAAGGUCCCAUGUCCCAUGUAGGAAUGGACAGAUUCUUGACCUGUCAUAGGGAAAUACUGAGCAUUUAUUUCUGCAUGUGGACCUCAGCUUUUUUAGAGUAAAAGCAUGAGUGUUGAGUGGAUGGUAAAAGCAGUUGCUUUUGGUCCUAGCUUGUCUAUGGCAUUUUAAAUUAUUUUGAGAUAAAUUACAGGAUAGAGGAAAAAA